CUUGCAUUUUGAGCCGGAAACCCAAAACCGGUACAUCAGAUCCCCAGUAGCACAGGCGUGCGUGACGGGCCGAUCCCGCAGCGUCCACAACGCACCAGCGAAAGUGGAAGAUGGAGAGAGACUUGGACAACGCCAACCCCACAAUUUUGAGCGUCUCGCAGCUCCCCAGAAGGAGCCGAAAGGGUGCAGCCCCCAGACAAGGGCCCGACUCCAAAUGCGAUAGCAUCGUCUAUCCUAAACACGCCUGGCCCUAUGGCUCUGGCCUGUCGUCGGACGAGGAGGACGACUACAGAGAGGAGCCCAUGGAUGAGCAGGAUAUUUAUGAUCUUAUCUCUACCAUCUCGGACCCUGAGCAUCCGCACACGCUGGGCCAGUUGUCGGUCGUGAACCUCCCAGACAUCCACUUGAGCCCCUCGCCCGUCGAGCUUCCGGGCUCGGAUUCCCUUGUCACCGUUCUGGUGGAGCUCACGCCCACCAUCAACCACUGCUCUCUUGCAACCGUCAUCGGUCUUGCGGUGCGGUGCAGGCUGGAGCAGACUCUGCCACCCAACUACCGGGUGGAUGUGAGGAUGAAGGUCGGCUCCCACGCCCAGGACGACCAGGUCAACAAGCAGCUAGGCGACAAGGAGAGGGUUGCCGCCGCUCUGGAAAACGACACCCUUCGGCGCAUGGUGGACAAGAUGCUCGAGACAUGCGUGUGAGUGGCGCGUCGGCCAGACCUUCGAUGGCGACAAGGGAAGAGCCGAAUGGCAAGGAUGAGGAGCCCACUCACAUCGCGUGACGCGUCAUGUGGCGUUUCCACACAAGUGUACCCCUGGUGCACUUGCGUUGGUUGUUGCAUGGUCCCAGAUCAGCUCAAAAAAGCCAACGAUUCCAGGGCAAGGCACAUGUGAAGUGAAGGCGCCGUAGGAGCAGCAGCUCGGUUAAGCUGGUCCCCUGCGCGAUUGGCGGGACAACUUCGGUGCGAACAGGCUGAUGCACCUCCGCCCAUCCGCGGCGGUUCCCGGUGCUCUGGGCCUUGCAUGCGCAGCAGGGAACAGGACCAAGAAAUCUUGCAGCUUGCACCGUGUAACUUCCUGUCACGCUCCGCCCCGUCGCAUGCAUGUGCAUAGGUGCGUACUGCCAGGGAAAACGAGUUACACUAGUACCCAGGGCCAUGCGUGACGACUCCCCGGUUCCCACCCACGCAGUGCUUUAACGAGGCAGUUGAACUCGCUCUCCCAAG